AUGAAAAAAGGCUCAUCAAAUGAAAAUUUUUUGAAAGUAAAAAAAAGAUACAAAUUUGGAGAUUUUACAUUUAUCAAGACAGAUCCAAACUUUGUAGUACCAGAUUAUUUUCGAAAUUAUAAUGAUGAAAAUCAUAAACUAGAUGUUAACGUAGAUACCACAAAUGUAAAAAAUGAAAUAGAAAAUUUAAAUUCCAAUCAUUUAAUUGUAAAUAACAACCAAAAUUAUAUGGAUAAUAAAUUUAAUGCUCAAACUGUAGAAAUGACUUCAAGAAGUUCUUCAUUACUACAAUCACAAAAUGAUAUUAUUCUUAAGAAUAUAAGUAACACGCCAACAUCAAAACAUGGUAUAAAAUCUACAUUUGGAAUUUUAAAAAAUUCAUCAUUGAAUUCUUUUGAGAAAAAGCAUAGUAUUGUUGAAAACAUACCUUUUGCAACAAGCACCAAAUUAAUUGAAAAUAAUAUGGAAUCAAGACAUUUUUCUGAAAAUCAAUCGUUUAAGAUGCCGACAAAUGUGGGAACUUUUCAUUCUAAAGAGACUAUUGUAUCUUCAACAUUUAAAGAUUCAACAAUUGACACAGCACCAUAUUUUAUUUCAGAAAAAAGAAAUUCUUACGUUGAAGUAAUUAAUGAUUGUAGUGAUUUUUCCGAUGAUCUGGAUGUUAAUGAUUUUAUAGUAAAUAACGAAAAUAACAUUGACAUUAUUGAUGAUUCUGAAGACAUUUCUGAUGAAGGAACAGAUUAUGAACUGGAUAUCCGCGAAGACAUGCAUGGAAAAUUUAGGGCAUUUUUAGUUGAUGAUAGUGAAGAAUUUCAAGAUGAAACAAAAUUUCUUUCAGAAGCUUUAAUAUCAAAUAUGUAUAAAUGUUUGCGAAAUGUUUUUGGUCAUGAGGAUUUUAGACAUGGACAAAAGGCUGCUAUUACAGCAUCUUUGUCGAAUAAGGAUGUUUUUAUAUUAAUGCCUACCGGAGCAGGUAAGUCACUUUGUUACCAACUACCAGCAGCUAUUGAACAUGGAUUGACGGUUGUUAUAUCUCCAUUACGUGCUUUAAUUAAUGAACAAUGUGAUAAGAUGAAUAAACUUGGUAUAAAAACUGAAAAGUUAACAAGUGAUGUGAACCAAUCAAAUAGUGAAAAAAUAUACAAAAAUCUUUUAAAUAUUGAUGGAAAAAUUAAGUUACUUUAUUUGACUCCUGAAAAAAUAGCUGGAUCAACACGUCUCAUAGAUCUUUUAAAACAGCUUCAACAACAAUCUAGAUUAUGUCGUUUUGUUAUUGAUGAAGCUCAUUGUGUCUCUCAAUGGGGACAUGAUUUUAGACCAGAUUAUACAAAACUUAAAACUCUCCGGGAAACAUUCAACUGUCCACCAAUACCAAUAAUGGCUUUAACAGCAACUGCUACACCUAAGAUUGUUACUGAUACUAAAAGAUUAUUAGGUAUUGAGUCAUCAAAAUUAUUUAUUUCAACGUUUGUAAGACCAAACUUAAAGUAUGAUGUUGUAGAAAAGUCAUUGAGUAAUACAAAAAAAUUGUUAGAUAGUCUGUUUAAAAAGUACCCGAUUGGUUCCGGUAUUCUUUUUUGUUUUUCUAAAAAUGAUUGUAAAAAUGUCAGUCAACUAGUUGAGAAUCUUGGAGAAACUUCAGUUAUUUAUCACGCUGGACUUAGUAAUAAAGAAAGAACAGAGUCACAAGAAGCUUGGAUGUCAGGAAAAGUAAGAAUUAUCUGUGCAACUAUUGCUUUUGGAAUGGGUAUUGAUAAGCCUGAUGUUCGAUUUGUGAUUCAUAUGACAAUACCAAAGAGUGUGGAAAGUUAUUAUCAGGAAAGUGGCAGAGCUGGAAGAGAUGGUUUACCUUCUUAUUGUUGUAUUCUAUAUAAUUAUACUGAUUGUGUAAAAUUAAGAAAAUUUGUUGAUGAUCCUAUUGAUAAUGAGAAUGGUAGAAAAAUAUUAAAAUCUGAUGCAGUUAAAAAAAUGCAGUAUGCCAAUAUCAAUGAAAUGAUAGCUUAUUGUGAAGAUGUUUCAGGAUGUCAAAGAAAACUUCUCGUAGAACAUUUUGGAGAAAUUUACGAUUCUGCUGAUUGUAAGGCUAAUCAAAUUACUUGUUGUAAAAAUUGUACAAAUGAUAAGAAAAAAAAGUAUCAUUUAUACGAUAUAACAGUAAUUACCUUGCUUAUUCUCGAAUCAAUAAAAUUAAUGCCGUUAACUGUAAAACAACUAUCUGAAUGUUUAAGAGGCAAAACAAAAAUUGAAAAUAGCUUUAAGGGAAAAAAGAUUUCAGAACUUCCAAUAUUUAAUAAAACAAAUUUUCUAACAGAUACUGCUGCAUGUCGAUUAAUUAUUAAAUUAAUAACAGAUAAUUUAGCUUUUGAAAAAAUUCAAGAAAUUGUAUGUGGAAAAAACAAUAAAACAUUUGUUGGAUAUGUAACGUUGAGUGAAGAUGGUCAAAAAUUUCUAACAUCUAAUCCCAAGACGAAAGUUUAUAUUCAUAUGCAACAUAUAAAAUCUACAAAUGAAAGUGAUAAUAUUAACAAAUUUAUGGUUAAAGUUGAUAUAAAAGAAGCUGAAGCAGUAAAAGAAAAAUUUAAAAUUAAACACAAAGAAGUUUACCAAUGUGCUAAAUUUAAAAUUCAAUCAUUAAGAAGUCAAAUAGCUAAAGAAGAAAGAGUAUUAGAUCUUAGAGAGAUUUUAAGUGAUGAAGCUGUUGAUCAAGUUGCAGCUCUUCUUCCAAGAACUAAUAGUGAAUUACUAUCAAUUGACAAUAUGACAAAGUCAAAAAUUAGAAAAUAUGGUGGAAGAAUAAUGGCAUCAUUAAAUGAAUUUUGGAGAUUAGUUGAUAAAAAUGACCAUGUCAAAAUGACAAGAGAAUUGGAUAUGUUAUUAACUGAUAAUAAUCAAUUAAUUGAAAAUUUUUAUCAACAAUCAAAAACUCACAAUACAGGACAUAAUGUUCGUAGAGCAUAUAAAUUUCCUUUUCAAAAGAGAAAAAAUUCCAGUGAUGUUCGAGAUGUAUAUAAUGUAACUGAAAGUAAUUAUAAGAUAAAUGAAAUGGCAACAAAUUUACCAAGAUACAAUGAAUCAUUAAAAAUUCCAAGUCAUGUUUUAAUUAAAAGUAAACAAAUUUUGUACAUUGAUUUUGAAAGUUAUCAAAAUAUAAUUAAUGGAUCAAAAUACAAUCUUAAUUUACAAUUGCAUUUAAACAAUAUUUCAAAUCCCAAUAGAAUUGUUGUUUCACCUUUUAUAAUGAGAAAAUUUAUUGAUUUUACAAUAAAAAGUUGUGAAUUUGGACUUAUUUUUAUGGAUGUUACUAUUAAUCAUUAUAAAAUUAUUACUUCAAAUCAACGAAUAACUAUUGAUUAUGGUAUUUUAAUAUUAUUAAAAACAGCUACUAAUAAAAUAUAUUAUACAACAAUUCCAUAUUUUGAUAAUAUAUUUUUUCUUUAUUUGUGUCCAUACAAAAAAUAUAUCAGAGAAUAUUCAAAUAUUCAUUACAUUCCAGAGGAAUAUAUUGUAGAAAAUGGAAUAUUAUAUCCUGAAGACAAAGAACAAUCUCAUUUAUUUAUACCAAUAUUUCCAAAAACAAAAAACGAUAAUUUUUUUGCUUGUGGAACUCUACAACAACCAACACUUCCUGAUAUCACUUUAGGUUUUAAAAUAAAAAAUAAUCUAAAUGAUGUAAUGAUUGAAAGAAAUGGAGCAAUUGUGGAAGAAACAACAGAAGAUUAUAUUAUUUCAAAAAAAAAUAUUUCUGCUAAAUGUGUAAGUGAAGUUACUAAUAAUAAUAAUGUAAAGUAUAAAGAAUAUUAUUCUAAGGCAACAAAAAUUUUAAUAGGAAAAAAGGAUUACCUAAAAAACGAAAAUUUUGAAUCUUUGAUUUUAUUUAAAGAUAAAAUUGAUACAUAUGGAGAAUAUACUUGUAAUAUUGUUGAUAAAGUAAAAUCAUUAAAUAAAGAAAAUAUACAAAUAAAAACUGUUUAUUUUUUGCCACAAAAUUAUAUGGAAAUUUUAUUACCACCUUCUGAAAUUGCACAUAAUCAAAAUUCAUCACCAUAUUGUAAAAGAUUUUACCCUAAUAUUGGUGAAUUAUUUGGAAUUGAAAUUAUAAAUGGUAAAAGAGAAACAAUAAAACUUUCUGAAAUAUUAUAUUCUACAGAAAACUUUGAAAUAACAACAAAUAAUGUAUAUUUUAAUAAUUCGUAUCUUGAUUACAAGACAACUAUUAUUUGUAAAUACAAAACUAUUGCUGAUACAUUCUUUUUGACUAUACAAAAAUUUUCACUUCUUGGUGAUUUAAAAGUUAAUAAUGUUACAUUUAAUAAUAAGCUAAAUAUGCUUUAUCCAGGUAUAAAUAUAUCAGAAUAUUAUCCAAAAACUAAAUUAAAAGAACCUAAAGAUAUUAAUACUACAUUAGAAGAACGUUCAAAAUCAUUUUUUCUUGUUCCAUUGAUUAUUUUAGCAAUAAUAACUCUCAUUGUUAUUCUACUUUUAAUAAUUUUAGUCAUUAAUCAAAUAAUAAAAACUAAAAAAAUAGAUGAAUCUACUCAACCUGGAAUAAUCAAUGAUAAAUAA